UUUAAAGGGCUCCAGAGGAGCCAGGCACAGCAGAGGAAGCGAGAAGGGAUCAUGGCCACUUCAGAGCUGAGCUGCCAAGUGUCCGAGGAGAACCAGGAACGCCGGGAAGCCUUCUGGGCUGAGUGGAAAGAUCUGACCCUGUCCACCCGGCCGGAAGAAGGAUGCUCCCUGCAUGAGGAGGAUACACAGAGGCACGAGACCUACCACAGGCAGGGACAGUGCCAGGCAGUGGUGCAGCGCUCGCCCUGGCUGGUGAUGCGCCUGGGCAUCCUCGGCCGCGGGCUGCAGGAAUACCAGCUACCAUACCAGCGGGUGCUGCCGCUGCCCAUCUUCACCCCCGCCAAGGUGGGCGCUGCCAAGGAGGAACGCGAGGAGACCCCCAUCCAGCUGCGGGAGCUGCUGGCACUGGAGACCGCUCUGGGCGGCCAGUGCGCGGAGCGCCAGGACGUGGCUGAGAUCACCAAGCAGCUUCCCCCUGUGGUGCCUGUCAGCAAACCCGGGACCCUGCGGCGAACCCUGUCUCGAUCCAUGUCUCAGGAAGCCCAGAGAGGCUGAGAUGGACUGUGGUGACUCAGGCUCCACUGUGUCUGCCUUGGGCCGGGCCCUUCCUGGCUAGGACCACGGAGGAGAGCUGCUGGCCGGGGCUGCUUUGUAGUUUGCCCAGAAGUGGGGGCUAUGGGAGGAGGGAGCAGAGGCCAGGAUGCUUAGUUGUCCUGAGUUCCCGAAGGGAGGGCGUCAAGGAUGGUGGGCUGAGGUGGAGAGCUGAGCACUCUCAGCCCCAGAAGAAGGGACACGAGAUACUGGUGAGGCCGAGAGGCCCCUGGCAACGGUGACCUGUUCGGUUACAGAGACGGAGUAGGACAUGGAAGGGAUCUGGAAUGCUCUGGGGAGGAAACUUGAAGACUAGAGGGAGGGGGAUGUGGAGAGGGCAGAAGCAGGGCAGGCCCCCAGCACCCUCUGUUAGCACUGCAAUAAAUGCUCAACCAUG